CAGCUCGGGUGGGUGGGCAAAUAUCUUCAAAUCCUCUGCCUGAAACUUGAGGCAGCAGAGAGACUGAUUGCAACAUUAAUUAUGCAUUUUUAAAAAAUCCAACAGUUGGGGGAAACAAGAAAGGAGCGGAGUAAAGUACUCUCAGCUUCCCUAAUUGCAUUUAAUUUCCCUGCAGAGGCAAAGACAGAGUGUGGGGAAGGGGGCAAGAGAGGGCUGGGAGACGCUGUCUGUGGAGACAAGCUGAUCUGAAGAGGAACUGAGGAAGAAAGCACCAGCCGCCACAUACACCCCCCCCAAGACAUCCAUGGCCCCUUCCUCUCUGUGGGUCUCUCUUCUCCUUCUCCUCUUUCCCGCCACGCUGCAAAGCAAAGCUUCUCAAAAAGUAGCCAACAAAACUGUGAACUCAAGUAAGCCAGCCCUGCUCCAGCUCUCUGACUACUUACUGACCAACUACAAGAAGGGAGUGCGGCCUGUCCGGAACUGGAGAACCACCACCAAUGUGGCCAUUGACUUCAUGGUCUACGCCAUCCUCAGUGUGGAUGAAAAAAACCAAGUUCUGACGACCUACAUCUGGUACAGGCAGUUCUGGACUGAUGAGUUUCUGCGGUGGAACCCAGAGGACUUUGACAACAUCACCCAGAUGUCCAUUCCCACGGCGGCCAUCUGGGUUCCAGAUAUUCUGAUUAAUGAAUUCGUGGACGUGGGCAAAUCCCCGGACAUUCCUUAUGUCUAUAUCCUCCACCACGGAGAAGUGCGGAACCUCAAGCCCAUCCAGGUGGUGACUGCCUGCAGCCUGGACAUCUACAACUUCCCCUUUGAUGUGCAGAACUGCUCCCUGACUUUUACCAGCUGGCUACAUAACAUUCAAGACAUCAACAUCUCCUUGUUGCGGAGCGCAGAAGAAGUUAAAGACGACAAGAAUGUCUUCAUGAACCAGGGGGAAUGGGAACUUCUCCACGUGCUGGCUCAGUUCCGAGAGUUCAGUGUAGGGGACGACGACAGCUACGCUGAGAUGAAGUUCUUUGUGGUCAUCCGGAGACGUCCUCUCUUCUAUGCCGUCAGCCUCCUGCUCCCCAGUAUCUUCCUGAUGGUCAUGGACAUUGUGGGGUUCUACCUGCCCCCGGACAGUGGAGAGAGGGUCUCGUUCAAGAUCACCUUGCUUCUGGGUUAUUCGGUUUUCCUCAUCAUUGUGUCUGACACACUGCCGGCCACGGCUAUUGGGACCCCACUGAUUGGGGUCUACUUCGUGGUGUGCAUGGCCUUGCUGGUCAUCAGCCUGACUGAGACCAUCCUCAUUGUACGGCUGGUGCACAAGCAGGACCUGCAGCCCCAUGUCCCUGACUGGGUGAAGCGCUGGGUGCUGGAGCGAGCCUCGGUCCUGCUCUGCAUCCGAGACAGGAAUGCCUUCUGCCCCAUCCGCACUCAGAGCGCCGACAUCUCCAGGAACAUCGAGAACAACGACAGCACAGAUUUCCUGACCAGCUGUUCUCCCUCUCCCCUAGCCAAACUGAACCACUACAGUUGCGAAAGCACUCGUGACUUUGAGGGAGGAACCAGUGGGGCAUCCCCCCAGUCGCAGGGGGAGAACUCCCUGGUGGUUGAAAAUAUCCUGCAGGAGAUCUCAGCCAUCCGCCAGUUCCUGGAGAAGCGGGACGAAUUCCGUGACAUCGCCCGCGAAUGGCUGCAGGUGGGCUACGUCCUGGAUGUGCUUCUCUUCCGGGCCUAUCUGGUAGCCGUGCUGGCUUAUAGCAUCACUCUGGGCACCCUGUGGUCUAUCUGGCAGUAUGCCUGACAUGCACACACACACACACACACAUACUGCUGGCAUAGAUGGGCUUGGCUUGCAAUUAACCAGUGAGUCUUUUGGAGAUCCUUGGACUCACUGAUAACCCAUCUUAACAAUGGAGAUCCAGGCUCCGAAGUCCUUCUGCUGUUGCUGUUUACAGACAUGCAUCCUAAGACUGCUGGCUCCAGAGGUCUCUUGAGGCCAGUCAAUGUGCAUCUACUCCAUCUCCAAGCUGCAGUGCUUGCCUAAUAGGCCUGUGUCCCCAAUUGCCCACCUCAGCUGUGAAUAAAUACCCAAUUGCUCCCAAGUGAUGUUUUCACAGACAUCUUAAAAUACAGCCAUUAUGACACAUGAGGAGGAAAAGGAUUUCCAGUUCAGGGCUCAAACUGGAUGGGUAGAAGAGGCAAAGAUCAGUUGCAUGCAAUUAACCCUCUGCCAAACCCUUCAUUUGGCUUCCUUGCCCUCCUUCCUCGCCAAUGUUUCAUUGUGGAGCUCUUCCUUGGCUCCCACUUCAGAGCAAUGGAGCUGCAUCCUGGCACCACCACUACAUAUAUUUAUAUACCACUUUUCAACAAAAGCACUCAAAAUGGUUUACAUAGGAAAAACAAACAAGUAUAUGCAAAGCAAAAUUGGCAACCCAGUCACUUUGCUUUGCAUAUUAUUUGUUACCAUCAGGGUAAACCAAAGUCAGGAUGUGGACGGAAACUUUGCAUUGGAGCCUGCAUGGUUCCAGCAUGCAAGGAAGUAACAUUUCCAGAUGCUAGGGAAAGAGGGCUCCAUGAUCCAGACCCAAAUUCCAGAUGCAGUUGAGAGGGCUCACAUCUAGCUACCUGACACAACCUUCCCCGUGUGAUGUACCUUUCUGGGAUUUGCAUCAACAACUUCCAUCCUUCCUGUCUCUUUCACUUGCCCUUGCCCUUGGAAUCCUUUUUCAUUGGAGGACUUGAUGGUUAAGUCCCCUUAAAACAUAGCCCAGACAUCCACUCCCAAGGACGGAAGCUGCCCAGACUGUCCCCCACUUUGGUAAAUAGCACCCUACAUGACUUGUACAGUGUGUGGCUACUUGCACUGGUAUUUUCAGCUGAACCAUCCACAAAGCAAGACAAUCCUCUUUGUAUAACCCAUUCAUUCCUUGUACAAUAAAACUGAUAUUUCUCGAGUCCAA